CUGUCAGUGUCAGAACUAUCAAGUUAGUUGUCAAUUUGUCAUAAGUUUUGAAUUCAGGAUCAUGAGUUUCAGUGUUUCACAGGGUUUAGUUUAUUAAUAUAAUGCAAUAAAAUGGAUCUGUGUAGAGUCUGUCUUGCAGGCGGAUCGCAGAAAGACAUAUUUAAGUUAGAAAAUAAUAAAACUGUUGAUGAAAGAAGUUUUGUUGACGUUUUCAUGUUUUGUUUGAGCAUUGAGGUUGAUGAGGAUUCUAAAAUAAGUACAAAACUAUGUACAAAAUGUUAUGAUAAAAUAUGGUCAUUCCAUGAUUUCAAAUGUUUAGCUCUAAGAAGCGAUGUUUACUUGAAGUCUAUACAAGAAUCAAAUGGUGUCAAAAAUGAGGUUUUCUUACGUGAUGACGAUAUUAAAAAUGAGCACCAGUCUGUUAGUGAUGAUUCUAUGGAUGCAACUGUUAAAGAGGAACCAAAGGAUGGAUUUGAUGAUGGUGAUACCGAUGACGAAUUCCUAAGUGUUAUCAAAAGAAUAAAAUACGAAUAUAAGGAAGAUACUGUAGAGAAGAAACCACCAAGAAAACGAAAACGGGCUACUAAAACUCCCAAAACCAAAAGCACGGUGACAAAACGAAUUUGCGAGGAAUGUGGGAAAGCUGUGAAAGACCUUAAGGCUCAUGCGAUCCAGCACCUACCUGCUGCUAGUCGGAAACGCAUCCCUUGCAAACUGUGUGACAAAGCGUUUUCCACUUACAGCGCACGCCAUAGACAUACAAAAAUAAAACAUUUAGGUACUAAACAAGAAUGCCCGUUGUGUAAUAAAGUUGUAGCCCACUUAAAGCAACACCAUCGUUUGAUGCACAACCGUGAUUCCCUGCCCUACGGCUGUGUGUCCUGCGGUGGUCGGUUCAUCUCCAAGUCUAACCUGGAACUGCAUAUGACGACGCACACUAAGGACUACGCCUUCCCUUGUGAUUUGUGUGAUAAGAAGUUCAAUACUAAGAGUCGAAUGAUGUUGCAUAAACGACAAGUACACGACAAAGAGAAAUCGCACCUAUGUCAGUUAUGUUCAAAGAGCUUCUUCAAGAAAUACCAUCUGCAAAUACAUUUAAGGAGUCAUUCAAAAGAGAAGCCGUACGCGUGUCCCGAGUGCGGCAAGUGUUUCUCCACGACGUCGAUCCUGAAGAGUCACCGGCUCAUACACGAGGAGGGGAAGAACCACGCCUGCACGCUCUGUGAAAUGACUUUUAAGAAGAAGAGCUACCUGACCAUCCACAUGAUAAGUCACACGAAGGUAAAGCGCUACCCUUGCAAGUACUGCGGCAUCAAGUUCGGUCGCUCCGACCACCGCAAGCGACACGAGUAUACAGCACACGAGAAGAACUUCAUCAGUCCUUGAAACUAGACCUUUAGCAUGAGUUAUUGAUGCCAAUAAUGCUUCUGAUAAAAUCGGUCCAAAUGUACGUAAAACAAUGGUAUUCAGCUGCAUCCGGCUAAGACUGGAAGCCAGAUUUUACAUAGCUGGUGAAAGGCUAGGAAGGUCAUGAUGAAAAUCGGUUGCACAGAAUGACCAUCGUUAUUUUAAUGUAAGUCCAAUUUGACCCAUAUCACCCUUAUGACAUAUUUUUGCAUGAUGUUAACUUUAUUGGUUAGUUCCCUAUGUGCUCAAUGGCGCUAGUUUUUCUGUAGUUUUUUUUAAAGAAUCGG